CUGGGAGUUUUGCUGGAGAGGAGGAAGCGGGAGGCCAGGGACCUGCUGGUGUGUCCCCCGCGCGCCCCCCCCCCCCCCCCCCCGCCCAGACCCAUUUCUAUACAAGGCCUGCUCUCGCCGGCACCCACCCCCAGCGAGUACGGUCGCGGGCGCGGAGCGGUGCAUUCCCCCGCCCUGAGCUCAGCGUGCCGGAAUGCAGCCGAUAAAUCAGAGAUAACCCCAGGCCCGGGAUAAAAGGCCGACGUUGUCCCGGGAUCCGGGAGAGCGCGCGCCGGCCUCUAGGAGGUGAGACGUGACCCGGAACACAGCGCAGCAGCGGCGGCGGCCACGGUCUCCUUCCCCGCUUCUCCCCAGCGACAUGGACCCCAGGGCGGCGCUGCUGCGGGCUCUCCUGCUCCUCCUGUGCUCGCACCUGUUGCCUCCAGGAGGUCGCUCCCACCCGCUGGGCAGCGCUGGCCCCGACUCGGAAGCGUCCGCAGUACAGGAGCUCCUGAACGGUCUGCGGGACACAGUUUCCGAGCUGCAGGAGGAGCAGAUGGCCCUGGGACCCCCCCGGCAGGGCCAGAGCCCCGCAGAAUCCUGGGAGGUCCAGGAGGAACCCGCUGCAGGGGUCCUUGUAUCCCGUGACAAUGUCCUCCGGGCCCUGAGACGACUGGGUGGUCCCAAGAUGAUGCGUGAUUCAGGCUGCUUUGGCCGGAGGCUGGACCGGAUUGGUUCCCUCAGUGGCCUGGGCUGCAACGUGCUGAGAAGGUAUUAAGAGGAAGUGCUGGCUGCAGACAUCUGCGUCUGAUUCUUCAUCAACUCCCUGAGCCCCUUUGAAGCAACUCUUAUUUAUAUUUAUUUAUUUAUUUAUUUAGAUUGUUUUAUAUAAGAUGACUCUUACCUCUGAGCACAUAUUUUCCAUGGUGAAAUAAAGUCAACAUUUUAUCUUCUU